GCUCCACUCAUGUGACCAGACUUUGUGUUCAGUUGGAUCCGAUCAUCAUUUGAUACCCAGAGUUCUCUGCGAUAAUGCUUCGUAUCUUUUGCGCCCGUCGACAAUGCCAGAUUUGGUGGUGGAAUACGUGGUGGUUCCACAUACGAUGAUAACACGCCAGAUAGUCAGGUGCUCGUGACGAGAUGUAGGAAGAUUUGUAAUACGAUGUUGCCAAUGCUUGGUAGGGGAGUAUGUAAAUAACAUACAAGAAUGUGGUCUUUCUUCAAUGGACAGACAGAGCAGAGUUGCUCUUGCUCUUUGGUCAAUUUUCCAUCAAUCAAGUCACCUGAUAAACACUUUCUGUAUCCACGGGCGACGGGUGUGUACUCCGGACCCUUUGCAGAUACCAUUAUGGUAAUGGAAGCUGCGAUGGCGCGAUCAUGCAAAGCCAAGAAAAGUACCUUGCUGGUUAAAUGGUCAAAUCGCAAACACAGUCCAUUGUAUUAUGAUUCACAAUAUUUCUUGGACGUUCACGCUCAACAACCUUGUUGGGUUCAAUAUCAUCAAGGUACUUAUUAUAUCUUUACAAAGUGUAUAGAUUUAUCUGCACUGCUCCCACUGUGCUCUCUUGGGUUUCCCAUCUUUCAAACAUACAGCACGUUUCAAUCGCAACUCAACUUCCCUCUGCAUCUUUCAAAUCAGCAAUCAUGAAGGUUGUUGGCCCGCAAACCGAAAGAGAGAUAGAUGCUGGAAAACAGUGCCUCAAAAAUCUCCUUGAUCUUCAAAUGGCCGACAAACUAGACAUGGUUUCCAAGUGGCCAAGUCAAUGGUUUGAUAUCAUAUUGAGGAAACAUCACAACCAUAAGGACUACAAAGGUGUAAUAGAGCUUUUCCAUGAAUUGGAUCUAUGGGAGCUUAGAUCGUUUUUGUUGAAAGGCUUGACUUGCAGAAACCUCUCGGAAUAUCGUAAUAUACGGUAUCCACACAUCGAGUCGGGUCCGAAGACACAACUUGGCGACCGCACUUUUCCUUCCUUCAAGAAAUUGCCAGCCGAGCUUCGAUUGGAUAUAUGGGAAUACGCAUUCGCAGAGGAUCUCUUACCAAAAGUCCACCAUUUGAAUAACACAGACCGCAAUACUGGAAAGAUCACCGACUCAAUCACAUCACAUCUCUCGUUCUCCAAUAUCGUACAAGUCUGUAAGGAAUCUCGAGAAUGGUAUCUUUCGCGGACACAAAAUACUUGGGCAUUUGGAACAUACAUCAACUUCCAUGUCGACAUUUUGUACUUGACCAAACAAAUUGAAGCAUCCAAAAUUGUUUACGAGACUCUCCUCUCUUGUCCUCACAUGGCCAAGGUUCAAAAUUUGGCAUUGCGUCGAACAUUUCUUACCGACAACCCUCAGAGUGCUUCCACUCAGGUCGAAGCCUCUGAAUUUAUUCGAGAAAACAUUCCCUCUUUGAAAAACAUCUACGUCGUCAUUAACGAAAUCCGAGACUCAACAAUCAUCGACCGAGAUAAUGACAUCAAAUUUCAACAUCUCUCAGCAAGACAAAAGAGAAAGUGGGUAGACAUCGGGUAUGCUAGGACAUGGCUGAAAUGGGUGAAUAAGAUUAUGAUCGGUAAGGGUUACAAUAGUGUAAAUCAUCAUUUUGUGAUGGUUGGUACUCAAUGUACAGACGUACUGUCCUCGGAUUACGGAGAGGUGACCUUCGAGAGGAAGAUUCGUGAUGGAAGUCUUGAGCUAUUUUGAUUGAUGUUAGAGAUGUCUGUCAUUUGGCUUUUGGGUGCAUGAGUACGAUUACGAUGCUUUGGUUGGAGUUAAGGCUGGAAACAUUGCGGGGGUCGGAUUGGGGUUCUGGGCUUGAGGUUUAUGGUUUGGUUGCUUGCUUAUGGAACGAUAUAAGGUGUGUUGCUGGAUAUUCAGUGGAAUUGGGGAAUUGGAUGCGAAUUAUGAAAUAUGAUAGAGGUGAUAGCGAAGAGGGGUCUUGAAUCGGAAGGUUAAGGAAUUCAACCGGAUAAGCAUAGUCUGGAGCGGGGGGUAUAUCUCGUCGAAGGAUAUUACACUGGAACGAUGCAUGGGGUUUUGACAUGAGCAGUCUCUCAUAUGUAUAGAUAAGUUUAAUCAUACUUUUCGACACACAUUUUAUGCUUUCAUACAUGAAAAAGAUUUACUGGCGACAUAUCAGUCAAACCACCAAUUAUCUUCGUCGGACCCUGUACAAAUCAUACAUAAACA